UUUUCCUCCCCCUUCCUCCUCCUCGUUCUCCUCCUCCCUGUCGCUAUAUAUACCCCCCCGCAUACAGACGGCGAGAACCGUCGCCGAGAGUCCCCAACAACCCAUCUCUUUCAUUUCAAUUUCAGAGGAGACACAGAGAGACAGAGACAGAGAGAUGGUGACGGAGAGCGAGAGAACGGAAAUGUGCGGAACGGAGAACCCGGCCCUGGCGAGCAGACGCCCCGCCGUCUCCAACGGGACCUGGCCGACCGCCGCGUCGCCGGACUCCGUCAUCAACCUCGACGUGGGCGAUCCGACAAUGUACGAGGCAUACUGGAGAAGCAUGGGAGACAGGUGCUCCCUGGUGAUCUCAGGGAGCGACCUGAUGAGCUACAUCAGCAACAUUCGGAGCACGUGCUGGUUUCUGGUGCCGGAGCUCGAGAAGUCCAUCCGGAGGAUCCACCGCGUCGUCGGGAACGCCGCGGCCGAGGCCGAGGACGGCCGCCACAUCGUGGUCGGCACCGGCUCAACGCAGCUCUUCCAGGCGGCCCUCUACGCCCUCUGCCCGCCUGGCCUGCCCCAGCCCACCAGCGUGGUGUGCGCCGCGCCCUUCUACUCGUGUUAUCAAGAAGUCACAGAGCUCCUUCAAUCCAAUCUCUACAAAUGGGAGGGCGAUGCGCACAGCUUCAACAAGGACGGGCCAUUCAUCGAGAUCAUCACCUCGCCGAACAACCCCGAUGGCUCAAUCCGUGAGGCCACGGUGAACCGCCCAAACGGGAAGUUCGUGCACGACCUGGCCUAUUAUUGGCCGCACUACACUCCGAUUACUCAUCAAGCUGACUAUGACAUCAUGCUGUUCACCUUCUCAAAGUGCAGCGGUCAUGCCGGUUCUCGAAUUGGUUGGGCUAUUGUCAAGGACAAAGAAGUGGCUGUGAAGAUGACCAAGUUCAUGGAAGUGACCACGAUCGGCGUGUCCAAGGAAUCCCAACUUCGAGCUGCCAAGAUUUUAGGGACAAUCUGCGACGACUGCCAAGCAUUAGGUGCCAACACUAAAUCAGAGAGCUUCUUCGAUCAUGCGAAGCGCCUCAUGACUGAGAGGUGGGACAAGCUGCAUGAAGUCGUCAAGCGCAGUGAGAUCUUCAGCUUCACCAAAUCCCCCAAAAAUUACUGCCUCUUCUCAACCGAGUUUUGCGAGACUCAUCCAGCAUUUGCAUGGCUGAAAUGCAAUGACAAAGUGAAGGACUGCGAGAGCUUGCUGAGAGGACACAAGAUAUUGACAAGGAGCGGGAAUCGCUUCGGGGCAGAUCCGAUGUAUGUCAGGGUUAGCAUGCUGAGCAGGGAAGAAGUAUUCAACCUCUUCUUGGAGAGGCUAUCCACCCUCAAGAUUGGAAUCAGCAACAGGAACGGGAUAUCGCAUAUAAAUUAGAUCAAUUGCGGGCACUGUAAUCAAAUAAAUAAUGAGAACAGGUGAUAAAAACUUUAGUUUCUGAGCAUGUAACCCCGAGGUGAUGGUUUUGAAUGGCCUCUCUUCUAUCAUCCAUCUGGUGGUUUAGACUAAUACCAUACCUUUAUAUCUAUGUAAGCCGCCUAUAUAAAAUUUCAAUUUGCUUA